AUGGGGAGUGCUUUGCAGACGUUCGAAGACGGUUUGGAGCUUACUAGCAUUCUCCCCGCUAUCAAAUAUCCUCUUGGCACUCAUACUAUCUCAAAGCUCUCUUCUCACCUCGAAGCUUCUGCAGGCGAAGUUAGUGCGAAAGAGCUUCGUCAGCUGGCGUCGAGCAUCAGUUUGUCACCGGAGCACUUGGAAUACUAUGAUGCAGCGCUGAGUACUCCCAGUGUCGUAGCAGCGAUCCGGUGCUGCUUACAGCUUGCAGACAACUCAGAGCUGGUUGCUUUUGCACGGCCGUUUUGGCGGGGAUGCGAGCGAGCACUGCAAGUGAGUACAAGACUAUCUUCUCAGGUCACUCAAAUCACCGCCGACGAGUUGGCCUUUCGCCUUUCGACCUCUAGCAACAAAGCGACUUUCUUUGAUCUUACUCUGGUGGAGGGUUUACCGCUCGAGCAAAAGGAGAUGGAGGGAUUAGUAAAGCAGCUACAGUCUGCCACAAGGGAAUUGGAAGAGGCAGAGCUUGUGGAUUUGCUGGAGAGAAUUGCCGCUCCAAGGAACUCCCAGCGUUACGCAGCAUGGGGCGCGGCUGUUCAGAGGGCACUUAUCGAGAAGGGUGGGGUAAGUGAUUCGAAUUGUUUUCAUGUUUUUGUCAGGCUCAUGCUCACGGGAACAAUCAUCGAAGAUUCCAUCUGCCGCCAAAUAUGCAAAGCAAGUGGAUACCUUGACUCUGAGCACACCGUUGAAUUGCUAAAUGCGCGGCGAGAUUCGGAUUUAGCCUCAUGCUCAAGCUCUUCCUCGCUGGAAGAUGUGGAGGCGGCGCUGCAAAGCUGCAUACGCAUGCGCCUCGAGCAGUCUCAGCCUGAAACACCCACUGACGAAUACUUGGAGUGGGUGCUGUGCCUGUCUUUUUUCUCACGGGAGGAGGCAUCGCUCUUGCUUAGCAUGGCGGUGACAAGCGGCAGACUCGCCGGAGAGCUGUCUGCGAAAGAAACGGCCGUCGUGUGUAAUGUCAUGAUCAGCACUGGCGUCUUCUUAACUACGUUGCUGCCCGCUAUUCAUCGCAGCGUGGAAAGAAAUGAGCUCAGUCAACUCACUAGUGUGCAUGCACUGUACAUUCUGCAACGAAGUGGAAUAAAGGCUUCCCCCGCUCUUCUCAAGAAAGCCAUUGGCCGAGCUGGGGCGCGUCUUGUAACCGCUUGCGCGUCAAAGGGCAACGUUGACGACGAGCUCUUUCCCAGAGAUAGAGCACUACUGAUCGCUGGGCUCUGCUUUGUCGAGGAUGAACAGCAACCUGUUCUGCUGCAGCGAAUUGUCAAGUCUCAGGAGUUGUCUCUUUCUGCUGCAAUGUAUUUCCUUCGCCAUGCAGGUCAAACAACGAGUUCAAAUCGUUGGGUGAGAAAGGUCGUACUAAGUCGGGUACUACGGUCUGUGAGCAGCUGUCGCGCAGAGGAUCUCUGCUUGGUUCUCUUAGCCCUAUCUGAUCUCGGCAUUCGCGACGCUGUCGCAUUUCAACGUGUGCUCGAAGAGCUGAAGCGAAAAACUCCUCGCACACAGGAUGUGGUAGUCGCAGCUAAAGCAGCGCGUAAAUUGAGGCUUACGCCUCUUCUUGAGCAAUCAGAGCUCAUUGAGAGCUUAAGCCACAUCGCCAACGUUUCGUCAGAUGACCUUCUCGCUCUGUUGAGUUGCAGCACCGCGAAGCAGCGGCAGUCUCUUUUGCGUUUCCCGGAUGUGGUCGCAACUCUCAACCGGAUAUCACUCGCAGACAGUACGACUUCGGAUUUGGUACUGCUCUUCACUUUUCUGCCAUCACAGGGCGGCAAGAGAGCAGAGGUGGUUGCCGAGCUGCAAGCCCGAGAACCUGUCGAGCGAGGUGCCCUCUCUGCUGACGAUGUCAUAGCAGCAUUCGAGUGUGCUGCUUCCAGUCAAGAGGUGGAGAGCCUUGCCAGGGUGCUCAUCCGUGCUGCUCAAAACUGCGAGGAGAGCCACUUGAUGCGACUGCUCCGGUGUGCUAGCAGGUAUUCCAAGGUCCCAAAAGCCUUCUUUCGGAUCGCAGGAAAGCCUAUUAUCUCUGCCGUGAACGAGAAAAGGUUGUCGCUUGUCAACGCGAGUGCGUGGCUGAACUUUUACGUUAAUAAUCAGAUUCGAGAUGAUAGCGUUGGAAGGAGCCUACUCUCAUUGCUAUCGAGUUCACAAUUACGGUCUCCCUCGCCGUUCCAUCAAGCCUAUUGCCGAGGAGCGCGGUUUUACGGAGUCAGCGUGAAAAAGUCGCGAGCGAAGAAACGGCUCUCUGAUUUCUCUCUGCUGACUCCUCAGUAG